UACAGGACGGCAGUAGAAUCCGAUGCUUUUGAUGUAACUAGAGAAAACAAGAUUAAAAAUGUAUUAAGCGCCGAACACUCUGCCUCACCUGGCAACCUGAGACCUUGCCUUGACCGUGAGGCUCGCAGCUUGGCACCACUCUUCUAGCGUGACUCAAACAGAAUCUCAUCUUUAACAUAAAUGCCUAAUGCAGUAGGGUUCCAAGUCAGUUCAAACUGCUUCUCUGUUGAUGUGAUAUUUUUUUCUGUCCUGAGAUGAUGCAGGAAACACAUCAGCUUUGUUGAGUUUUUUUGAGGAGUUGCGCUAUGAACUUGGACAAUGGUGUGACUUAUUCCUCCAGUGAUCCAGGCCAGAGGCUGUAAGUGGAUGCACGAUGUCUCUUGUUAUCUUUUAGUGCCUCUGAACAACAUUUCAAGACAACAUGCACUCAGAUCUGAGUUUUCAGGGCAGAGAGUAAAUCAGUAGAAUGGAUAACCACCAGAAGAGGAACAUAACUUUCCUUACCAUCGGAUUAAUAUUUAUGCUGAGCGGCAUUGAGUACGCUGUCAUUCUGCCUACAAUAUGGAGGUAUCUGCAGAUCCUCGAGGCGCCGCCAUAUUUCCUGGGUCUGGGACUGUCUGCCUUCAGCCUGAGCGCGCUGCUCACAGGUCCACUUUUUGGAGUCUGGUCAGAUCGAAGCAAAACUACUAAAUCCAUCAUCCUUUUCUCCAAUCUUUUUGAAAUAGCAGGUAACUUCAUGUACUUUAUCGGCUAUUCCAAGUGGCUGCUGUUGUCCAGUCGGCUUGUAGCAGGUGUGGGUGCAGGAGCCGGGUCCUCCAUCUUUGGUUUUCUAACCCGGAGCACUCUGCCAGAGGAGCGCGCCGGUAUCUUUGCAGCAAUCAUGGCCUGCCGCCAAGCUGGCCUUCUCGUCGGGCCGGCGUUCAACUUGUUCCUGCGGCUGUGUGAUUUCAAACUGGGGCCCUUUGUUGUGAACAAGUAUACGUCUCCUGGGAUCUUCAUGUGUCUUCUGUGGACGUUGCUUCAGUUUGUCAUCGUGGCUGCGUACUGGGAUGUACCACCCGUUAGCUCAGAGGGGGGAGUCAUAGUGUUGGAGCUGAAACAAGAAGAGAAAGAGGAAGAGGAGGAGGUGCCCCUGAUUGGGUCAGACGAGGAGGCCACGCCUACCUAUAGAGCCGUGAACUCUGACCAAUGUGAGACCUCCACCUUGACCGAGUCGGAAGCAGCUGACGAAGAGUCCAACCCCUUUAAAAACUUCAGUGUCAGCAGAGAGUUCCUGAGAGAGGAAGUGGUUGUUCUCCUCACAGCCCAGUUCAUCACUCUAUUCAACCAGACAGCGCUGGAGACCAUGGUGACCCCUCUGACGCAGCGCUACUUCGGCUUCGGCGAGCUGGGCAACAGCCUGAUGUACAGCCUGUGUGGGGUGGAGGUCAUCGUGGGCUUCUUCUUCGUGCGUUGGCUGAGCAACAAGGUUGCAGACCGUGUGGUUCUGGCCGUGGGCCUGGUCAUCUGCUCCGCCGCCUGUAUCUGGUGCCUAAUUUUCCUCUGCAAGCCCAGAGGCGGAUAUGAAUGGCAGCUCUCAGCCUUCAUCGUGGGAGUUUUUCUGCAGCUCCUGGGGCUUCCCUUCGUGGCCGUGUCUCAGGUGUCUUUAUUCUCCAAAGUCACUGCUGAGAAAACACAAGGGUUUAGCCAAGGUGUUCGGCGCUCGGUUGGAGGCCUGGCUACCAUCCUGGGUCCUUUGUGGGCUGGAGGACUGACCAAUAAUUUGUACAUAAUGCUGGGAAUGAUGCUGGCUCUGCUCAUCAUGGUCACAGUGAUGACAGUCCUGUCCUACGAGCGACUGGCUGAGCCCAGGGUGGUGCAGUGUGCCCAGAACCUUGACAGUGGAGGAUAGGGCUGCAGGACACAGGAUGGAUGGCGAGCAGCAGAGGGUGAAGAUGGACGCCUCUCACUUCACAGAGAAUAAAUCCAAGUUAUUUUGAAGCGUACGAAUGUGAAAUAAAAACCAUCAAAACUCUCCUUAUUUGAAGCUUUGCAAACGGCCUCUGCUACCAGCCUGUAUUAGAACCACUAAUUCAAAUUACUGUUAGACUAUUAAUUAGAUUUUACACAAGGGGGCACCAUUGCUCUCAUGUUGACUACUCAGAGGCAUAAUUAGAGAUGAAAGCUUUUCUCUUUUUUUCUAAAGCAGAUCUAUUUAUGUUUGCAGGUAUCAGUGGAAAUAAAGCAGUUGUUUUUUUUUUCUUUGCUUUUUCUUUCUCUCUGUGCGACCCAUGUAUCAGAAUGUGGUUUAUUCUCUUCCUGUGAAGAGGGAAGCUCACUCUGACACAAUGAGUGCAGCAGUGGAGUUGUCAACAUCUUAGCAGCUUCACUUCAAAAAAAAAAACCUGACAGAAGGAGAGGGUCAAAGACAGUGAUUCUUCACAGAUUUAUGGAUCCCUUUAUCGCUUAAAAAAAAAGGAAAAACAAGACAAAAAGGCUUUGUUAUAAUUAAAGCAUCUUGUUAUCCCUAUUCCCUCUUCUUCAGCUGGCACAUAUGAGACACUCAUGAGGUAAAACUAAAUCAAAUAAACUUGCUAAAUUACCAACUUUAUCUUCUAACUACAGGAAGAGAUUAAAAUUUUAAUGGCAUCCAUUUAUAAUUUACAAUUUGACAAGGUGUGAGUAGUGUAUAGUCAGCUGUUCUUGCCUGUAUUCUCCUCUAGGAUGUGCUGCCUGCUACACAUCAGCAGAUGAGAGAGGAAUGCUGUAAGCACCAUCAAGGCAUUGUAGAUUCUCUUUGUAGAAACGAGUUGCGGGUUUGGCCAGUUUCUGUGUUUUUGCAUAAUUGCAGAUAAGGCUCAGUAACCUUUCCAGUUUUCCACGCUCAGCAUGUGAUGUUUGCCUUUCUAGAGGCUUUUUUUUUUUUUUUUUUUGCCUGAAAUGGAAAUUCUAAUCUCUGGGACUCAAGGACAUAAUAUAUAUAAGUACUUUUAUGCCCUGAUCAGCGUAUUGAGGUGCUUGACAUUUCCAGGGGAGAUAACAGAGUGCACGGAUUCAGGUCAGGCCAGAAUUGACUCACUUUGAACAGCAGCUCUGUCUUCUUGGAUGAAUCUCUUCUUUUAUGUUUUUCCACUAACUAAAACAUACAUUUUUAAAGCUAACCGGAAAUUUUAAUCUGCAGGGAUUUAUUUUUCAUUUGGAUAUUUAUGGGUAAACAAGCAGAGAUAGAGAGAGAGAGGGAAAACCACAGCUAGAUAGCAGCGCAUGAAAACGUUAAACUCAGACAAAAACACACUUCCUGCAAAUAAGAAGUUAAUGUUGAGCUUUUUUUCAGGUCUCAGGGGUUUUGUUGCUGCAGCUUUACUCACUCUGCUAUGACAGAAGCUUAAGGUAGUUAACAAACCUUGGAUUCAUCUUGCAGCUGAGCAACAUCACUGCUGAGGUUUUUCUUCUCUAUUCUGUUACAGUUAGAAAAGAUUUCUGUGACUAAAUAAAAAGCAAUGCAAUGUCCCUAAAGGCGGUAUGGGGUGUUUUUUUUUAUUUUUUUUUAUAUCACCCCAAACGAAGGAAGACAUAAAGAGGUUGGAGGCCCUGUGCUUUUACUUGAAACAUACCAGCCAACUCAGCAUCCACUGUGAUAAAAUUUUUAAAGAUACACAGAACAACCAUUUGAUGUAGGGGCAACCAAUUAUUUCUGUUAGCCAAGGACAAGCGUGCGUCGCUAUGGAGAUGGGACCGUGCAAAGGGGGAAGUUUAGAUGGCAAAGCCAGGGAAGAGUGGACGGGGAGGAUGUUUUGGUGGAUCAGAGCGUUGGAACAUGUUACUGCGAUGGAGACGAAGCAGGAAAAAGCGGUGCAGUAAUUACCAUUCGCUGCAGCCGGUCAUACCUUCCCCUGUUGGGAGGAACAUUUCAACAUAUUGUGCUAUUAUAAAGACAAUAACCAGAGCUGAUUCUGCUGCUGCUUUUCUA